AUGGCGCUUUGGCACGGUCUGCUGCUAAUGAUCCUGCGCGCGGUGACCACCAGCUGUGCCGAGAACCUCCAACGCUUUGCCCAGCGCAAGGAGAAUCCCAAGCGCUGGCUCAAUGCCUUUGGUGUUGCGCUGGGUGUUCUCGGCGCGCCUUUGGAUGCCGUAGCGUACACGGUCGCUCCACAGUCUCUUCUGGCACCCGUCGGGAUGGUGGGCAUGCUCUUCAGCCUUCUCGCUGCGCAGCACGUGCACGGCGACGAUCUGACGCUGCGAGAUGUCCUCAGCGCACUGGCGGUCCUCUUCGGCGCGGGAUGCUGCAUCCACAGCGGCAGCUCAGAGACGCAAACGCCCAGCUGGGAGAUGUACGCCGUCUAUGCAAGCUGUGUCUUGUUCGUGUGUACUUUCCUCGGGCUCUCGCUGUUCCUCCGCGAGAGCACGCAAGCCGCGGAUGUGCUCGCUAGCGCGCUACUAGGUGGCAGCUUGGCCUCCUCAAGCGUGGUCUGUAGCAAGACCUUGAUGGCCACGUUGACCGAUGCGGGCGCUGCCCUCAGCCAGAUGCUGCAAGCAGCUCUUCCAUUGGGCUUAGUGGCACCAGCGCAUCUCUAUGUGUUGAACCGCUCCUAUGGCAGGCAUUCCCUGGUAAUUAUGUCACCGAGUAUGGGAGCAUCGGCCUUGUUAUGCAAUGUCUUGACAGGCUACCUCCUUUAUGGUGAGGUGCCUUUGGCAGCCAUCGAAUUUAGCAUUGGCAUCAGCUUGAUCUGCUUGGGCAUCCUGUCUUUGAUGGCUUUCCGCUCGAAGAAGGUGGUGGCAGUUCAGUAG